UGUAGAGCAUGGAAGUAUAUUGUUCAGAAAGGGGAUACAGUUGUUGAUGCCACUUGUGGUAAUGGACACGAUACAUUGGCAUUGGUGAAGCUGGUAACUGCUGAUAAGACUCAAAGAGGCCGUGUUUACUCGUUAGAUGUUCAGAAAUUUGCGUUGGAAAAGACUUUGGCCUUACUUGAUGAAUCACUCGACAAAGAUGAGAAAGAAAUUGUUAAGUUGGUUGAGACUUGUCACAGUAGGAUGCAUGAAGUUGUUCCAAAGGGAGAACCGGUCAGGGUAGUUGCCUUCAACUUAGGGUACCUUCCCGGGGGAGAUAAAGCACUAAUAACAGGUCCUAAGACGACCCUAAUGGCUUUAGAGUCUGCAAAGGACUUGUUAACACACGGAGGUCUCAUAAGCGUAGUUGGUUACGUGGGACAUCCUGGUGGAAGGGAAGAGUUUGAGACAGUUCGAGAGUUUGGUUCUAGGUUACCUGUUGAUGAAUGGAGUUGCUGCGAGCUUCGAAUGUUAAACCGACCUCUAGCUCCUAUUCUUGUUUUCAUGUUUAAAAGAUAGAUCUAGCUAAUCUAUUGGUUUUUCUAUGGUUUAAGCGUAGAAGUUG